UCAGUCAAUCAGAGCUUCCCCAUGCGGAGAGGUGGGAGACGCAGACUGACCGACGGACACCAAGGGAGACCCACCAGGUUCACCCAGGGAAACACCUUUCGGGUUCAUUUGACAAGAAGAAGUAUUUUGUUCGCGAGUCACGUCCAUUCGCGCUCGCUUCUGAAGAACAUCGUCUGGCUUUUCCUCACUUCAGAAAGGGGAAAGAAAAUUGGUCCUGAUGAGAAAUUAACGUGACCUUUCACUUUGUUCCGCCAAGGAGACACUUUCCCACCGUCGCUUCUCGCCUUUUCGAGCUUCUUCCUUCUUUUCAGUUCUUUGUUCAUUAAAAUAUCUCGGCCCUCUUUUCUUCGCUGACAUUCCUCUGCUCUUCCCUCUUAAAAAAUGCUUCUCAUUCCUCAUGUCCUCCUCCUUGCCCUCCCCUUCUCUGCACUCUUGACCAUGACUAAUGCCAAAGAGCCACAAAACGAUGGCACACAGGAGACACCUGCCUCUCUCUUAGCCGAACCCUUGCAAGGGACCAGUCAGAGAAUCCCGAGAGACUCAAAUGCCCCCCCAGCACAGAAGCCCAUCAAAGUUCUGAUUUCAGAUACCUGCAUCCAGAAGGACACUCAGAGGGACAGCGGUACCCCCAACCAUGACCAAGGACAGGAGUUGGACCUGGAGCCAGGCAUGCCUCUGGUUCUGACUCACCGGAUCAACUUGGUCCCCAGCUCCUGCACCGAAGGGUGCGAGCCGGAGUUUGCAGCCCUUCGGGAACGACUGCUAAGGCUGGAGAAAGAGGUGUCCACCCUGAAGGAGAAAUGCAGGGCUGUGGAAGGGGGCUGCUGUGGCCAGCAGGGCUCAGGUGCCGGCUGCUCUAAGUGCCCCAAUGAGUGCAGUGACCAGGGCCGCUGCGUGGAUGGAAAGUGUGUCUGUUUUCCGGGGUUCGCGGGCCCUGACUGCAGCAGACUCACAUGUCCUUCCAACUGCAACAACAAGGGAAAGUGUGUAAAUGGGAAGUGUGUGUGUCACUCAGGUUUCACAGGAUCUGACUGCUCCGAAAAAGCUUGUCCUAAUAAUUGUAGGAACAGAGGAGAGUGUGUAAACGGGAAGUGUGUGUGUGCCUCGGGUUUUACAGGACCUGACUGCGCUGGAAAAGCCUGUCCUAAUAACUGCAACAACAAAGGCAGGUGUGUAAACGGGAAGUGUGUGUGUGACUCCGGUUUCAUGGGACUUGACUGCUCCGAAAAGGCCUGUCCAAAUAACUGCAGAAACAGAGGACGGUGUGUAAAUGGGAAGUGUGUGUGUGACUCCGGUUUCAUGGGUCUUGAUUGCUCCGAAAAGUCUUGUCCAAAUAACUGCAGAGACAGAGGACGGUGUGUAAACGGGAAGUGUGUGUGUGACUCCGGUUUCUCAGGCCUUGAUUGUUCUGAAAAGGACUGUCUUAAUGAAUGCAAUAAGAGGGGCAGGUGUGUAAAUGGGAAGUGUGUGUGUGACUCCGGUUUCAUGGGUCUUGACUGCUCCGAAAAGUCUUGUCCAAAUAACUGCAGAGACAGAGGACGGUGUGUAAACGGGAAGUGUGUGUGUGACUCCGGUUUCAUGGGACUUGAUUGCUCCGAAAAGUCCUGUCCAAAUAACUGCAGAGACAGAGGAGAGUGUGUAAACGGGAAGUGUGUGUGUGACUCCGGUUUCAUGGGUCUUGACUGCUCCGAAAAGUCCUGUCCAAAUAACUGCAGAGACAGAGGAGAGUGUGUAAACGGGAAGUGUGUGUGUGACUCCGGUUUCAUGGGUCUUGACUGCUCCGAAAAGUCUUGUCCAAAUAACUGCAGAGACAGAGGAGAGUGUGUAAACGGGAAGUGUGUGUGUGACUCCGGUUUCAUGGGUCUUGACUGCUCCGAAAAGUCCUGUCCAAAUAACUGCAGAGACAGAGGACGGUGUGUAAACGGGAAGUGUGUGUGUGACUCCGGUUUCAUGGGUCUUGAUUGCUCCGAAAAGUCUUGUCCAAAUAACUGCAGAGACAGAGGACGGUGUGUGAAUGGGAAGUGCGAGUGUGACACCGGUUUCAUGGGUCUUGAUUGCUCCGAAAAGUCUUGUCCAAAUAACUGCAGAGACAGAGGACGGUGUGUAAAUGGGAAGUGUGUGUGUGACUCCGGUUUCAUGGGUCUUGAUUGCUCCGAAAAGUCUUGUCCAAAUAACUGCAGAGACAGAGGACGGUGUGUGAAUGGGAAGUGCGAGUGUGACACCGGUUUCACAGGACCCGACUGCUCCACAAAGUCCUGCCCCAAUGACUGCAGCGACAGGGGCAGGUGUGUGAACGGGAAGUGUGUGUGCAACGUGGGCUUCAUGGGACAGGAUUGCUCCCUGAAAUCCUGUCCUGCUAACUGCAACAACAGAGGGCGCUGCGUAAAGGCCAAGUGUGUGUGUCAUGCUGGAUUCACCGGGUCCGACUGCGGCCAAUGUGAAGCCGGUUUCACUGGACCUGACUGCAGCACUGCUCUUCCCGGUGUGACCCAGCUCAGCACCAGAGACCUCACUGAUUCAUCUGUAACAAUUUUCUGGACCCAACCAUCCAUGCAGUACGACAUUUACCACAUCACCUUCACCAGCAAGAAAGAGGGCGAUCAAAGGGUCACGUCGACAGUGGAGGGCUGGCUCUCCACUUACACCCAGACUGGACUGGCUGCAGGCCAGGAGUAUACAGUGACAAUCCAGGGAGAGAAAGAUGGGGUCAUGGGUCAGGAAACCACCAUCGUGUUCAGAACCCUGAUUUCGGGACCCAAAGACCUUCGUGUUGUCAAAACAACCACCACCACUGCUGUUGUCCAGUGGGAACCUCCACUGGGGGACAUUGACAGGUACCGUCUUUUCAUCUCCCCCGGUCAGACUAAUGGAACAGUGUCCAGGACACUGACGCUGCCGCCAGGAAGAGACUCGGCCCAUGUCAAAGGACUCGAAGCAGGGCGGCUGUACAACAUCUCAUUGGUGGCCCAGAGGGGGAGGAGCCAGAGCCAGCCUAUCACAGUACAAAUCAUACCAGGGAACAUGACAAAAGCAAUCACCAAGAAAAUCCCGAAAAAGGUUUCAAGAGAGAAGGCACCGGAGAUGGACAAAACUGAAGUAAAGCCAACGGGGAAGAAGAAGCCAGAUGGAACAAUAUUCUAUAAGAAAGAGGAAGGCAAAAGGGAAGGACUGGAUUCAAUAAAAGAGGGAUACAACAGUGAAACUCAAACUGAAUCAUCAGUAAAACCUGGGCUCAAAAGACCACAAGUUAAGGACAAGAAAGUUUUGUCUAAACCAAGUGACAAAGUAAUUCCUCCCAAAAAGCCCAAAGUCCCAGGCCAGGCCUGGUACAAUGGCACCAGGACUGGCCUUGCAGGUGUGAAGAUAGAAGGUCAGACUUUGCCAAAACAACCUGGAAACAAAAAGCAAACAGAAAAGAAGACACAAAUGAGUCCAUCCAAGCCACCAAGUUUUGUUAACAAGACACAGUCAUUAACAGUGAGACAGAUAAUCUUGGGAAGAAGUCCAAGUCAAGAGACUAAAGAACCACAUACCAUGAAAGAGGAAGGCAAAACUUAUCUUGCAAAUAUAACCCAUAAUUAUACUUCUGGUAAACAGGACUUAGAGAAUCUCAACCAUUUAUCCAAAAGUCCAAAUGUUUGGGAAAACAGAACAAACACAAAUCUGGAACUCAUGGAGCAGCACACCAUGGAUGACAUAAAUGGCAAAGAAAGACACGAGAAGAAAUGCGUUAAAAAAGCUAAUGGAAAUGGACCCACAGCAGGCAUAGCUUUGGGAUCAUCAACCUGCCUGACACCAUCUCAAGAUGACACAAAUUACGGAGCUAAUAAAGAGAUAAUUAGAAGAAAUACCACCAAAAUCCAAACAUUAGAUACAAAUAAUGGCUUAAUUCAAAGUAAGAUGCCAGCGGCUGAUUUGGACACUGAUCCAACAAAAGUGUACACUGUCAAACAACCAUCUCCAGCAGAACAUUUAACAAAAACCCAGAUGGAUACAGAUCAACACAAAGUCUAUCAUUCCCAAAGUCCAACAUAUUCACCCACUUCUUUCCCUCAGCCUUCUCUUCCUCCUCCCUCUGCCUCUCCAUUUGUAGGACAGAAGACUAUGGAAGACAACCAAAAAAUAAGAGGCGAGAACCCUAGAGUGAUUCAUCGUACUGAUUCUGAUACUUCCUCUCAUCGUGUAGCUUUUCCCUAUAUCCAAUUCCGCACAGUUGCACCCACCCAACACUCAACCUACAGCAGCCUUAAAGUAGAGAACAAAGCAGGUCCUUCACAACCUUUCUCUACCAUUACAGAAUUAGACCCAGAAGUUUUAUAUCAUAAUGGAGAUCAGAAGAAUGAAAAGCGAGAGGACGUAACCUUAGAAGUAGAUAAAACAGAAGCUGGAAAGACAGAGGGCAAAAUGCCAACUUCUCAGCACCAAAAUGCCAAGAAUUUUCCCGUCCGCCGCAUUCAUGGGGGACAGUUACGCAACAGGACCCGACCAGUUCUUAGGAUGCCAUACCACUCCUCCAGAGGGCCCCCCCGUAGACCGAUAAAACCUACAGUAAAACAAGGAAAUAAUACCUUUGGUGGCAAAAUUAUUUUAAGCACUCAAGGAUGGCAGGGCAACUACACAAAUGGCCAAACAAAUGACAGCAUCAAAAUAAUUGCAAAUUAUCUGUCCAAAAGAAACAAUAUCACUGAGAGGAAAAUGACAUAUGGUUCUGUGAAAACAGAUCUAAAUGGGACAUUGAGGGAAACAGGUCUGAAACCAAAAACAGUUCCAUCAGGUUAUGACUCCAGCCAAGAUGUAACUAGUGGUGGAACUCAAGCAAGCAAGGUGCCCACGUACUCCAAAGUUAGUGCAAGUGGGCAAUCCAACAGAUCCACCAGUGCUACGAAACAACCAAGUCCUGGCCUUAGCUCGGUGAGUGUGCAGAACAUAACCUCCAGGGGAUUUGUGCUGAUUUGGGAUGCACCAGAAGGAAUGUUCAAAAACUUCAUUGUAAGCAGGUAUGAAUUUGCCACAGAGAACAGGAAUGAAACGAACAAAGAAGAUGAACAGAUGCCAAAACCGGGACUCAGCCAGACCCCUGAUGAAGAAGCUGGAGACCCGGCCACUGUAAUCAAAAACAAAAGCAAACCAGACAGUUACAGGAAAAGUAUCAGUGGUGGCAGCAGGAAUGACACUGCUUCUCCCUCAGAACCAAACCAUGGUCCCAGACUGAAGGUUCGAGGUCCCCAGAAGUUUUCACAGGUCAUUCCCGGCACCGCUCGUUCCCUUCAGUUCCAGAACCUUCGUCCUCAGACCCGCUACUCUGUGUCACUGUUUGGGAUGGGUCCUCGGAUCAGAUCAAAAAUGCAUCAGCUCAAGAUUGAGACAGGUCCAGAGCCUCCAUCUGACCUCAAGUUCAGCAAUGUGACAGAUUCCUCCUUCUAUGUGUCCUGGAUCAAACCCAGGAGGCCUGUGACGGGGUUCAAGGUCACCUUCGCGCACAUGAAAGAUGGGGAGCCUAUCUCGCUGUCACUGAACUCCCAUCAGUCCAGCGUCCCUCUGUCCGCCCUCUCUCCUGGGUCAUCCUACGAGGUCAGCGUGAUUUCCACACAAGGAAUGGACGAGAGCGACCCAGUGAAAGGAGUCGUUGUCACAGCCCCCGACCCACCCACUGAUCUCCGAGUUAUCAAUAUCACUGACUCCAAUGCUCUACUGCUAUGGAGGCCUGCGUUGGCAGCCGUUGAUCAGUACAUCAUUGUUUACGGCUCUGAGAAAGGGUCAGAUGUGAUGAUCACCAUGUCGGGAAAUGCAGCUGAGCAGCAACUAAAGGAUCUCCAGGGUUCCACGCUGUACACGGUCACAGUCUCUAGCCAGUUGGGUAAUCAGCGGAGCAGAGGGUCCACCACACGGUUCACCACUACCAGCGCAGGCUCUGUUGACAGGGUAGAGGGUCCGAGGGACCUGAUUGCCAGCCAGGUGACACCACGGUCUGCUGUGUUGACAUGGAAGCCUCCUACGCACACACUGGCGAGCUACAAGCUGACCUAUCAGACAGCUGGCCAGGAGAUGACGGAAGUGACCCUCGAUGGCUCCGCCACCCAGCACAAGCUGAAGAGACUCCAACCCAAGUCGAAGUACACCGUGAGGCUGCAGGGAGAGCGGCAGGGGGAGUACAGUGUGGCCAUCUCCACUGACUUCACCACGGGUACGCUCGCCUUCCCUUUCCCCACCGACUGCUCCCAGGAGCUGAUGAAUGGGGUCCAUGACUCUUACGAGGUGGAGGUCUUCCCCAAUGGGCCACAGGGGCAGUCGGCCUUGGUCUACUGUGACAUGGAGACCGAUGGAGGGGGCUGGACGGUUAUCCAAAGGAGAAUGGAUGGGAAAACUAAUUUCUUCAGAGGCUGGCGGGAGUAUAGCGCCGGCUUUGGCAACAUCAGCGGAGAGUUUUGGAUAGGCAACGAGUUGCUUCACAACCUGACCCGAAUGACCCCCAUGGCCCUGCGCAUAGACCUUCGCUCAGGGUCCGAGUCUGUCUUUGCCCACUACUCCUCCUUCUCCGUUGACACGCAGAAGAAUCACUAUGCCAUCCAGGUGUCUGGCUACUCGGGCACUGCUGGGGACUCCAUGAAGUACCACAAUGGGCGUCCAUUCUCCACCCGAGACAGAGAUCCCAACCCCUUCAUCACCCGCUGUGCCGUGUCAUACCGUGGGGGCUGGUGGUACAAGAAUUGCCAUGAGGCCAACCUUAAUGGCCUGUAUGACACCCACACCAACCACCAGGGCAUAAUAUGGACAGAGUGGAAAGGCAAGGACUUCUCAAUCCCGUUCACUGAAAUGAAGAUCCGACCAUCCUCCUUCACCCCCUCAACUCAGGGCUAGAGAAAGCAUAAGAUGUACAGUUCGAAAGAGAGACUGAGAGAUGGAAAAUGCACGCCACCUUCACACAAUUCAUCACCUCACACCACUAUCCACUGUACAAUUCACACUUAGAUCAGUGCCUGUAAACACACACACGUACAAUGUAACUCAAAUUCUUCAGCUAAAGGCAAUAAAUAUAUACACAGUCUAGCCCAAACAGCAAUAUAUGUCAACAUGACGUACCAAACCAGUAAUCAAUAUAUUAUUUUGUACAGUUUUUCAUAUAUCUGAAAAACUGUACAAAUUUCUGUACAUUCUGAACUUUAACAGCGAGAGUGUUUGAAUUUUGCAGUUUCUGUGCUAUUUUAAUGUCACCCAGCAUUGCUGCAGUCCAAUAAAGUUAUGGCGGAAGCAGGUAUACGAAAUAAUGUUUAAAACACACUGUAUGCUUCUUUCAUUGUCACUUCCACAGAAUCAGGUUACUAUAAAAACUGUGAACGUACUAAUUGAAGAUAUCCAUUCUAGUCCACAUUAAGAAGGUACUGGUCUUGCUGUUCAUGUUUGCAGGUCGUACUAUAGGGCUUUGUAUAAAAUUGUCCACCACGGAUUAUAAGAAAUGUAUUGAAUGACUUUAUGUGCCAUUUUAGAACUAAAGCUGCAUUGAGAAAUGUACCAAAUUUGUAACGUUAAAUCAUUUCUCUGUAAUGUGCUGUAGUUUGAACAGGUUCACAAUACCAUGUUUAAUUAUCCUGUUUUUGUUCUGUAUUACUCUGUUUGUAAUUGACAGGUGCAGAACUUUAUUUUACCACUACAAUUAUGUCUGUCCAGCUCAAAUUAAAACAAGCAGGAGUAGAUUGAAUGAGACAGUGUUGUAUACAGUGUUACUUUUUCUUAAAUACAUUUCUCAACCUGUCAUGUAUAUUAAACUGGCUUAUGGUAGACUGGGCUGUGACUUUUGUUGAUGUGACUGCACUGGUAAUAGAAUUUAUAACUAACCACCCAUACCUACAGUAUGUUGUUUUAUAGUAGGCAAGAUAUAUAUUUAUUUCUGUCUCCCCUGGACAGAACACAGCCAGGCUUUUUUGGGCUAGACUGGACUGCAGCAAGGUGGCCAGACAGGAUACCAUAGAAAAAGAAAAACAGGUGUGGUCAAAAGAUGGGCAAUCAUCAGAAAGGGCACUGAAGGUUCUCCUAGGCCACACACAGGGAAAAAGUUAAGAUGAAGGGGUGUGGCUACAUAUAAGUGGCCAGAUGCUUCUCGUUCAGUUGCUUUAUUGAAGAGUUGCAGGCGGGGCUUGUAAUGCAAAAGUUUCUUUAUGAAUAUGCAAAUUAUAGAGGAGAAUUUAAAUAUGUAUAAUGUUUUUGAAUUGUAUAACAAGUUGACAUGUUAUAUGGUAGAUUUAAGCUGUACACAUGUUAAAAUUUGUCAUUUACAGUGUAAUUUAAAGUAUUUUUGAUGGAAACAUUUCUGUUCUUAAGAACUGGAGUGUAUAAGUUCUCAUUUCAGCUCUUUGUUUCACCACUAAACUGAGGACACAGUUCUCGCCAGGAUCAGUCUUUUAGAGAAUAUGUUUCAGAAGCGGAAUAUCCAUCAUCAUCACCAUCAUCAUCACCGGAAGCAGCAACUUCAGAAAGAAAUCCGCAGACUACCUGUAGCGCUUCUGAUACAAGUGUGACCUCUGCCAUCAAUGAUACAAUAAACUCUUUAUUAUUACCAUUCCCUUUCUCUCUUCUUCUCCUGUGUCCUGCUUCCUAGUUACUGUGAGU